AUGUGUUCCUCAGAUCCUGAAUCCAGCGAUGACACCACCAACCCCACUGUCGGAACCACAUCAAGACCAGACCAACCUGGCUCACAUCUCCCACCUGCUGCUUCUGAAAGUGAUCCAUUACGUGGGGUUAAAAUACCUUGCUAUGGUGACCAACUUACUCGAGUUCGGUUUGCUGGGGGACGAGAUCUCAGAGCUGGAUGUCAUUCAGCGAAGCAAAGAUUGGACCACCUGUAUCCAUUCUGUAUUGUUGAUUGGCACAGCAAGAAAAGUUUCUUGAAGGUAUUGUAUAAAUGCAUUAGUCAAGUCUUCGGGUGUUGUAACACUAUGCAACUUUUCUCAGGGUGCAACACAAAUUGCACACAGAAUUGCCUCGCAAUCAUGAAGUGUACCUGUCAUGUUCUUCGGGGAGUUACUAUUUUGUAAUUUUGUAUUCUUUUGUAUUUUAAACUCAACCUUAAUCUCUUACUCUAACCCUGACCCUAAUCUUAAUCCAAUCCCUAAAAGUCUAAAAAUAGUAACUCCUCCUAAAACGUGACGAGGACAAGUUCCCAUAUGAAAAUAUGUUCACAAAGUAAGCGGUCGUAAAAAGUAUGAAGGGUGGGUCAUGCCAAAGUUUCAAGAGAUUACAAUAAAUUUCACACCCCCUUGCCUGAUUAAAAUUAAACUGUCCCUUGGUAUUGUUACCAUUUACAAUAAUAGUUAUUGUAAUGAUUUUUUUAUUUUGUUUAGACUGUAUUCAAAAAACUUUGAGAACUCAGGACAAGAGAAAGGAACCCUAUGCUUUUUCAGGGAAAAGCUGAAUAGAAGAAACGUCACAGCUGAUGUCAAACACUAUGAGGACUGUGAGCAACUGUUCCUCAGUGUUGGUAAGUGUUUUGUUAUCGAAGCUCUGCUUGAAUUUUUCCACAUGGAUGAUAUAAAACACAAACCAACAGCAAACGGUCCUCAUAGUGUUCAUGUCUUGAAAGAGGAAUACAGGAAAACCUAUAUAUUGCAAGUUAUCAACAUAUUCCUUGACGAGUAUGUUUUUGUUGGUGGAGAUGAGGUGUCAGACGGUGUUUGGUGCUGUGGAGUCAACCUCAUGAAGUGUUUCAUGUUGCUGGCUGACUUUAAGGAUGCUGUUUCCACUGGCAAUG